CAAGCCAACACCAUUGCUACUUGCUACUUGCUACGGACAAGCGAGCGAGCUGCGGACAAGCGAAUCGAGCGGUCGAUACCUUGCAAGAUGGAACAGUGCGGCGUGGGCCUCUACGGCGUCGUCGAGGGCAGCGGAUACGCGACGGUGACUACCGCGCCGCCUAAGCGGCCGGCGGGGCGGACCAAGUUCCGGGAGACGCGCCACCCGCUCUACCGCGGCGUGCGCCGGCGCGGCGCCGCGGGGCGGUGGGUGUGCGAGGUGCGCCAGCCCAACAAGAAGUCGCGCAUCUGGCUCGGCACCUUCGCCACGCCCGAGGCCGCCGCGCGCGCCCACGACGUCGCCGCGCUCGCGCUCCGGGGCCGCGCCGCCUGCCUCAACUUCGCCGACUCGGCCGCGCUUCUCGCCGUCGACCCCGCCACGCUCCGCACGCCCCAGGACAUCCGCGCCGCCGCAAUCGCGCUCGCCCAGGCGGCCUGCCCGCACGACGCGAGGAGGUCCUCUGUGUCCGUGGCGUCCGCGCGGGCGCCCGCGAUGGUGAUCAUGGAGGAGGCCGCGGCGGCACCGUACGACAGCUACGCCAUGUACGGCGGCUUGGCGGACCUGGACCAGCAUUCCUACUGCUACUCCAACGGGAUGAGCGGCGGCGGCGACUGGCAGAGUAUCUCGCAUAUGGACGGAGCCGACGAAGACGGCAGCUACGGCGCAGGAGACGUCGCGCUCUGGAGCUACUGAUCGCGUGGGGUCGAUCGGGCAGAUUGUUGAGCUCGAUUCGCUUGCUCCUCAGUCCUCCGAAAUCGACGAUCGAUCAGGGAGGUCAGCCUGAGCUCGGAGGGGAGUGUCGUGCGGAUGCACCCGGCACGCCAUAUACUCUGCUUUCCCUGUUCUUGGAAAGUGGCGCUAAAACUGCACACUACAGCUUGUCAGGAAAGAUGCGCAACCCAGUUUGCUGAGUGGUUACAAACAAUCUAAACAUCACUUCUUCACCUUUGUUACAUUCCAUGUGAAUAGCUCUGUCAAAAUAAAUAUAUCUUGUAAAUACUGGAAAAGCUUAAUUUGA